GGUUUACAUUACAAGGUAUCGCGAUAGUUCCGUGAGCACAGUAUUUCCAUCAUGGCAGGCAGUAAGUUGGUGCUAGAAGGAAGAGUGAGUGUGAAAGCGUUUAUUUUAGGACUCAGCGUGGUAGUGAUCCCAUUGAUCAGGACGUGGUUUGGACACAUUGACUGGGUCUUUGACAAUCUGACGGAAACACCCGGGAAAAUAGUGAUUUGUGUCCACGUAGCAGUCGCCAACGGCCUCUUGCUAAUCGCGUACAGAGGACCGCUGUACAAGGUCGCUGUGAGAGCCUGCUUCCUGGGAGUCACCUUUGGCUGUGGCUUAAUUAUAAGCUUCUCCGAAACCACUUGGACACAUUUUGGCUGGUACAUGUGCUCGCUGUCGUUCUUCCACUACUCGGAGUACCUGGUCACGGCCAUCAUCAACCCCCGCAGCCUGUCGCUGGACUCCUUCCUGCUCAACCACAGCGUGGAGUACACCCUGGCGGCUGUCUCGUCAUGGGUGGAGUUCACCGUGAGAAGCUGGUCUCCGCCGGAGCUGAAGCAGCUGAGCUGGCUGAGCGUGCUGGGCCUGCUGCUGUGGUGCGGCCAGUGCCUGCGGAAGGCGGCCAUGUUGACGGCCGGCUCCAACUUCAACCACAUCGUCCAGAACGAGAAGGCCCAGAGCCACGUGUUGGUCACCACCGGGGUCUACGCCUUCUUCAGACACCCGUCCUACGUGGGCUGGUUCUACUGGAGCACCGGGACCCAGGUCAUGCUGUGUAACCCCGUGUGCAUCCUGGGCUACACGAUAGCGAGCUGGCGGUUCUUCCGGGAGCGGAUCGAGGAGGAGGAGCUGUCCCUCAUCCACUUCUUCGCCGAGGACUACGUGGAGUACAAGAAGAGGGUCCCCACCGGGCUGCCCUUCAUCUCCGGCAUCCGCGUCAACUAGUCCCCCGAGGGCGGGGGGGGACGCGGGACGUAGCGGACUUGAGGCACUCGGGCAGGUCGGAGCUGGGCCGUGUGCGGCGGUCGCCGUGUGUGCGGCGGUCCUCCAGAAGAGAAACCCUGCAGCUGGCGUUAGAGCCUGUAGCUCACAGACCGAGACCGGGACCACCGGGGGGGCGGCGGCCGGCAGCUGGGCUGCUGGUUUUUCUACCAACUCCCAAAAUCCAUUUAAAGACCAGACAACCUCCACUGAACUACGUGUACCCCAAUAGCACCCACACCGUCCAGGGUCCCCCCCCCCCCCCCCCCCCCCCCCCCCACACACACACACACACACACACACCACACACACACACACAGACGUUGCACACCGGUGGCCGGGUCCAAUCAGAGUAAAUGGAGAACUCUGUUGUUUCUGUGAUAACAGAAUCAGGGAAGGAAUCCCAAAAUUGAGAAUUUAAAACCGCCAUGAAGCCCAGUUCAGACCAAAGACUCACAACGAUUCAAAACCCUUUAACCCUCAUGUUGUCUUGUCUUCAUGUUGUCUUCAUGUUGUCCCCAUGUUGUCCCCAUGUUGUCCUCAUGUUGCCCUCAUGUUGUCUUGUCUUCAUGUUGUCCUCAUGUUGUCUUGUCCUCAUGUUGUCCCCAUGUUGUCCCCAUGUUGUCCUCAUGUUGCCCUCAUGUUGUCUUGUCUUCAUGUUGUCCUCAUGUUGCCCUCAUGUUGUCUUGUCUUCAUGUUGUCCUCAUGUUGUCUUGUCCUCAUGUUGUCCCCAUGUUGUCCUCAUGUUGCCCCCAUGUUGUCCCCAUGUUGUCCUAUAUCAAUGUUGUUUUUAAUUCCCCAAAAUAACAUGAUUGAUUCCAACGCUCUUUGCCAAGUACACAUCUCUACUUUCAUUAAUUUUUCGGGGCAUCUUAUUCACUUUUAUAGAGCCGUUGCUAUGAAGAUGAGACACCGUUCGUCUCGUCUCAUUGGUCUGAACUGGGCUGAAGACAGAUUCCACGCAGUCCUAUUUUAAGUCUUUAAAAAGUAACCGGAGAUUCGAAAAUAAGACUAUAAGUCUAUGUAGGGCCGGGCGAUAUAGAGAAAAUCAAAAAUCACAAUAUUCUUCCAAAUACCUUCAUGUCGAUAUUCCGAUUUUUGAUAAAUAUCCUCCAGUAAUGAUUUAAUGACUAAGUGGGUAAAUAACAGAACAGCUAGAACAGUCAUGUAAAUUCUGGAAAUUACAUCACUUUACUGUAAUGCAGCCUGUAAAACCAGGAAAAGACACUUAUGAUUUCACGAUAUUACGAUAUCCAAAAUCUAAGACGAUACCUAGUCUCAUAUCACGAUAUCGAUAUAUCGCCCAGCUCUAUGUGUCCAACCGAGCCGCGCCAGUGUAACCGUAGUUUUAAAACCAAAUGCUUAAAAUUAAAACCCAAUGGCUUAAGGGGGGGGGACCCUGGACCCUGGACCCUGGUUUCCGUAGUGUUUCUGUUUGCAUGCUUGGACCAUGCUUAGUGUUAUCACUGAGGACCUGAUGACCUUCAACGGGCCCUUUGGGGUCGUAUCAGCAGAGGGAGAAAAGGACGUUUUUAAUGUUUGAGUUUCACGGGAGAACCAGGUUCAAAUGUUUCGUUCUUUAAAUUAUAUUUAUUAAAGGGAAACUACCGUUGGGUUCAACCUGGACCCUGUGUUCCUGUGUUUGGGUCUAAGUGACUGAUGGGGACUACGGUCUCUGACAUUGGUCCAGUAUGAAGCAAGAACGCUAACAAGCCACAAUGGAAGUCAAUAGUAAUCGCCCAGUUUGUAUUUACCUUCACUAAAGUGCUCGUUUAGCCGCUGACAGACUCAGAUUAUUAUUCUGACUACAUUAUAUAAAGGAUCCCUGCAGAGGUAGACCUUUAAAACCUCUCUGAGACCUUUCUGUUGAACCAGAAACGGCUCUGAGGUCGCUAGCGCUAAACCCACCAGACUCCAUUUAAAAAAAGCCGUACUUUUAGCGUGUGUAGAACCAACAUAUGUUCACAUGUAAAUUGGUAAAUUUUGUGUUUAUUUCAACCAAAACUAGAUUUGUGAUGGAUGGAAAAGUGGAAAGACGACCCAAAAAAGUAUUUUUAUAGAUGUAUUUUGUUUCUGUCGACUUGGAAAUAUGUGCUUUAUACGACGCUAAAAUUACUGUUUAUUUACAUGGAGUCUGGUGGGUUUAGCAAAUGCAAUUUACAGAUAGGUCGACCUCCUUUGACAACAUCAUGGAUAGGAUUUCUGACACUUAGAAUAUUAAUCUGAGUCUGUCAGCGGCUAAAUGAGCACUUUUAGUGAAGGUAAAUACAAUAUAAUUGUCCUGUUAACUUCCAUUGUAGCUGGUUUUGCGGCUGCCGACUGCAGCGAUCCGGCUUAAUACUGGACCAAUGUUAAAGACUGUUGUUCCCAUCAGUCACUUAGACACUGAAACACAGGAAAAUAGGGUCUAAGAACGGUAUUUGCCCGUUUAACAGGGUCUAAAAAUGCAAGUGAAUGCUUCCAUUUGACCAGCCUCUCAGUAGGAAACCAUUGUUUCUUUGGCUGGUGAGUGAUGCUAACCUAGCAGCCACGUGCAUAUUUUACCCGCAUCGGCUGGUGGAUUGGUGCCGAUUUUGGACCCUGAUCGGAAGUUGUCAUGUCACAUGUCACUGUCCCUAGUUUAGUCAAUGUUGUCCCUAAAUGUUUCCAUUUCCAGUGCAUCCAAACAGUGGUGAAGGGAACAAUGGGUGACAUGUUUUCUAUUUCAGAAUUUAUUAUCAGAUGCAUUAUUUAACAAUGAUAGAAUGAAUAAAAGGUGUAAAGAAA